AUGCCAUUCCUUGAGGUCAGAGGCAAGAAGCUGUUCUACGUUCGCGUAGAUGGCAAGGAACAGCCCAAAGGUCCUAACCCCGUGUUGGUAUUCAUCCAUGGGCUGGGCUCGUCCCAUACAUUCUAUAUACCUGUCAUGCACCAGCUUUCAGAAUCAGGAUAUACUUCAAUUGCACUAGAUGUAUAUGGAAGUGCCCAGUCUCAACUGGUAUCUGGAGUUGAGGCUCCUACCUUCGAAACUAUCGUGGAGGAUAUUCUAGGCUUACUACAAGGCCUUGAAAUCCCGUCAGAUAACAUUGUCGCUGUUGGACAUUCGAUGGGCGGCAUCGUUGUGCCCAUGUUGGCGUCCAAAUGCCGUUUACAGGGAGCAGUCCUCCUCGGUCCUGUGCUACCCAGGGCCGCAUUGGCUGAUAUCUUUAAUGCUCGGAUAGAGACAGUUAAGAAAGAUGGAAUGGAACCAAUGGCCCAAACUAUUCCUUUCGCCGCCACAGGCUCCAAGGCAACUCUUUUGCAGAAGGCAUUCAUUAGGACACUCUUGCUAUCACAGAAGCCUGAAGGAUAUAAUGCUUUAUGUGGAGCCAUUGCGAAGGCAGAGGUACCUUCAUACUCGACUAUCAGCUCCCCGGUGCUCGUUUUGGCUGGAGAAGAGGACAAGACGAGUCCCGUGGCUGACGCGCAGAAGAUCUUUGACGACUGGGGCUGUGAUGCGUCUGCAAAGACGAUGCACGUUUUGCCUGGAGCCAUAUCCGACAGUUGGCGGCCCGCGGCUUCAUUCAACCCUCACACGACCAGACCAGAUCAGAUCAGAUUCCCAAUGCCUACCAGGAGGGUCCGAGACUCUGAAAGAAGACGUUGCGCCGAGGCUUGCGAAAGCUGCAAACGUCGCAAGCAAAGAUGCGAUGGUCGUCGUCCCUGUGCACGCUGCAUCAAGCGUGGUCUUGGUCAUGACUGUCGCGAGUCGUCGGGUUCGGUUCCUGGGGCACAACGCAUUCUUGCUUCUUCGCUCCCGAGUCCCGAUCCUGAAAGGCUGGGGAGUAUCACGGAACAGCCUACCCCGGCGGGAAGUAUAACUGUUGGUUCCAGAUCGGGAUUGACUUCGGUGGAGGAUACUUUUGUUGAUCAUGGAGCAUCCCAAUUGCUCUCUGAUACGCAACCUGAGCGUCUUCCCCGGAUGUCGCGGCUUGUGCAGGAUACCAGAGGAGAGUACAUGUUCAUUGGAGAUUCUGCGACGCUGUCGUUCCUGCAAAACAUAAGGAGGAUUGUAAGGCGGAGCAUAGGAGAUUGUGCGCUUGUUGACGAUCCAUUGAGACAUGGCAUCGUCGAGUCAUCACCUGAAACACGGCGAGGAUGGAUUUUGUCCAGUGCUCAAAACCCACCACCACAGCAGAGCGAACAGGAUGUCAACUAUCUGCUGAAGUGGUACAUGCAAUCAACAAAUUGCGUGCUGCUAUUAUUCGACCAGAAGGAACUUGAUCAAGGGAUUCGCAAAUGGAUAGAAAAUGGACAAGAUAUUGCCGACCCAGCCAGUUCUGUCUACUAUCUUGUCUUUGCCAUCGGCGCGCAGACAGGACCAGAAGAUAAAGAUGAUCUGGCCGAGACCUUCUUCAACUAUGCUCGGUACCUGACAGUCGACGCUUUGGUAGAAGAGCCAGGUAUCAUCACGAUUCAAACCUUGGUUCUUAUCGCGAUGUAUCUGUUAGGUGCAUCACGUCGCAACGCAGCCUUCAUGUACCUUGGAAUGGGCGUGCGAGCCGCGUAUGCAAUUGGACUACACCGCCAUGAUAUAUCCUCUCUAUUCUCUCAGACAGAGGGUCGCGCAAGGGAACAGCUCUGGAAAGGCAUACGAAUUCUCGACUUGUUUAUGAGCGCAUCUCUUGGUCGGCCUCCAUCAACAUCUGAGCUGCGCGAUACGACAAGUUCGCAGAAUUACUCUGCUUGUAACGACUUAUCGAUGAUCUUUGAGUCUAUCCUUACCGAUGUAUACGCCAAAAGAAUGAUAUCCCCCGAGAUAUUGGAUCGUAUCAGUAAGCAUAUGCGAAGAUGGACUUUGCAAUGUAGUGAAGGGUUGGCUGUGGACGGUAUCGAGUCGGAAGACUUGAUUAGUGACACAGAUGGAAGUCAACAACCUAAUAUCGGUAUCAUGCAUCUGAAGCUGACUGGACAUUGGACUGUCAUGUUACUGUCACUCCCAUUUCUGCACAAGGCGGUUUCCCAACAUGUUGAAGAAACAGAGCAGUCCUCUAACAAGACUACCAAGCGCGCAUCCUCAUCAAAUCAGGUCCUUGUGCAUUCUUGUCUGGAAUCAGCCGUGCGAACAGUCGACCUGCUGCAAACCCUCUUCAAAACAGGCACCAUACCGAAGCGAUUACCAAUAGUAGGAAAUUCAGCAUUUGUGUCUGGGUUAGUGUUAGGAGCAGCCAUAUUCGGCGACUUCGACAACUCCUUCCCGCUUGAAAAGAGUCUCCAUGCAGCAAGAGGUGUUCUUGAGCGUCUCGCCCGCUACGACGCUGUCUCAAAACGUCAUCUAAUGAUCCUAGACCAUCUCCAGGGAGCAUGCGAUAUUUACAUGGACAACCGGGCUAGACUUCGCAUGGAACGCCAAGGUCAUCUUGUCAACGGUCUUUUCGGCAGUAUCCAUACCAUUGGAAAGUCGCCAUUGAGAAAUUCUCAACUGGGCGAGGUCAACUUCCGAAUAUCGUCAACCGAAGGGCUUCAAACGCAACCACAGACGCCUAAACCUGGGCAGGCGAUGAACCAAGAGAUGACAGAUGAGCAACAGGGAUUCACUAUGGAAGGAGGGCAGGUGGACUUUGAUGUUGAGGGGGCAACUGAUGCUUUCCUGGGCAUCUCUCCGAAUAUGCUCUGGUUCGACUCUUUUGAUACGACGAUGUCGCUAUUUCCGAUUGUCGAUACACAAAUAAUGGGCGAAGAUAUUGCAUGA